GCACUAUCCCGAGCUGCAGGCUGGUCAGUUGCCCUCUGCCGACCCGUAGCUCCAAUUUUCAUCCGGAAACUAACCACACUCCCACAGCAAUAUCUUCCUCAAACUAGAAAACCUCCAACCUUCGGGCUCCUUCAAGUCCCGCGGCAUAGGCAACAUGAUGCACCGUGCCAUGCUCGCCGCCCCCACGAACAAAGUGCACUUCUACUGCUCCUCAGGCGGUAAUGCGGGCCUCGCCUGCGCCACAUCGGCCGUGGCCCUCGAUCAGCCCUGCACCAUCGUUGUCCCCAUGUCGACCUCGGCGCACAUGGUGGCCAAGCUCCGACUCCUUGGUGCGGGAGUGCACCAGGUGGGGGCGCAUUGGGCGGAAGCCGAUGCACAUCUACGGGAGAACCUGUUGGCUGCGGAUCCGACGGGCGUGUACGUGCCCCCGUUCGACCACCCGCAUAUCUGGGAGGGGGCGAGCAACAUUGUCAAGGAGCUGGUGCAUCAGAUGAAGCCGUUUGGGAUCAAGCUGGAUGGGAUUGUGUGUAACUGCGGCGGCGGCGGCUUGCUGAACGGGAUUAUGGAGGGCGUGGAUAGCCAAGCCUGGUCGGUCAAGCCGCAAGUCCUGGCCGUGGAGACGGUCGGGGCUGAUAGUUUGGCCGCCAGCAUCAGGGCGGGCAAGCUUGUGACAUUAGAUAAGAUCACGAGCAUAGCGACUAGCUUGGGCGCGCCGUCGGUGGCGAGGCAGACCUUCGAGUGGAGCAUGGAGAAGCACUUUGUUAAUACGACGGUAACGGAUGCCGAGGCGGUUAUGGGCUCGGUGAGGUUGGCUGAUGAUGCGCGGAUGUUGGUCGAGGUGGCUUGUGGUGCCACGAUUGCGGUUUUAUUCAAUGGCGAGCUUAGGAGGAAGUUGGGGAAGACAUUGAGUGACGAGGAGUGGAGUAAGAAGAAUGUGGUUGUCAUUGUUUGCGGGGGCUCGAAUAUCACGCUGGAGAUGCUUAGGGCAUAUCAGGAGAAGUAUGGGGUAUCUUGAUUUUCUGCUUUGGUACCUUAAGAAAUAGUGUAAAAUCAACGGGCAGUACUCUAUGCU